AUGCCCCUCGGCACAGUGAAGAGCUGGGCCUUGCUCCUGGCCGCCCUCCUGUCAUCAACGACCAUCACCACAGCGCUGCAAGUCACGCCCGACUCGCCCUGCGCGUCGCUCUGUCUCGAUCCCGCUGGCUCUGCGGAUCCCAGCACGCCGAAUAUCCACGAGGAUGAUAUCGUCUGCUCCAACAGGGACUAUGCGGGCGAAAAGGGCCAAAGGUUCCAGGGCUGCAUGAACUGCCUGCAAAACAGCACCUACUCGCAAGGCUCCCAAAACGACCAGGCCUGGUUCAUGUACAACCUUCAGUAUGCAUUCGCGCACUGCGUCUUUGGAUACCCCAACGGCACCGGCAUCGGCUCCUACCCGUGCAUGACGAGCGAGGCCUGCGGUCCGCUCAAGAGCACCGUCAGCAACACCCUCGCCAACAACACCGGCACCGAUUCCUUUGCCUACUGCCGCUACAAGGGCGGCUCGACCUUUGGCGACACCUUUGGCAAGUGUCUCGACUGCAUGGGUCCCGACACCGAGCACGGCUACGUGACCAACUACUUUGUCGCUCUGGAGGCGGGCUGCGAGCAGCGUCCCACGGCCCAUGGCCACAUCGCCCUCAACGACACCCUCUUCGCCAACCGCACCAUUGGCAUCCUCAACCUCAACUCGACGCCCAAAACCCAGAAAACCGGCCUCUCCACCGGCGCCCUCAUCGCCAUCAUCGUCGUCAGCGUCAUCGUCGGGCUCCUGCUCAUCGGCGGCUGCGUCUUCCUGCACAUCCGCCGGCGCCGGAACCGCUAUAACAAGUCGGCCCUCGAGUACGCCGCCUCGCGGCACCUCCGCGGCGCCUCGUCCAUGGACUUCCAGUGCGCCACGCACGUCAACCCCUUCAGCCCUGGCUUCCGCAACAACAACAGCAGCAGCCAGGACAUGCAGUAUGCCGGGGGGUUCCGCGAGUACGACGACAACGGCUCCGUGGAGGUGCACACGGCGACGGCCGUCAACCUCCACCACCACAGAGGCGGCAGCAGCGUCGACGAAAAGGGCAUGCCCAUCGUCACCGCCGCCGCCGCCGCCGCCGCCGCCGCCCAGGAGGAACAGCCGUACACUGACGCGCUGCGCUCGCACCCGCCCGCCGGCCCGGUCAGGAACUUUUCCCACAAGCAGCAGCAGCAGCCCUCCAGCAUUGACACGUCGAGCGGCCUCGCCAGGCCCGAAAAAGCCAUGACGUCGCCGAUGCCCUACUCCCCAGACAGCUACAUGACGCCCUCGUCGACAACGUCGGCGACGCCGUUCCUCGCCGCGGGGCAAAACUCGGCGUUCUCGCCAACGUCGCCGCGCAUGGUGCCGGCGGCGGCGUUUUCGCCGCACACGAGCUCGCCGCUGGUGAAGCAGCAGCCGUGGGAGGAGACCGGUGCGCAUGGCGGUGGUGGCGGAGGCCUGCUCCGGUCCAAGGCGAGCAAGGCGGACGUGAAUGCGCCGGUGGCGGCGAGGCAGCUCCAAACCAAGUUUCCGCCGCCGCCGAAGCGGUAG